UAACGCCACGUACGGACGAACAAACACGUUUACAUGUGUAUAAUUUAAAAACCCAAUGUAAUGUUUUAAAUCCGCAUUCGCUGAGACCUUGUUCGGAGGAAGCGAGCGUUUCCCUUCGCUCUUACUUCAGUGAUAUCCUUCUAUUGUCCUACCGCGCGUCAGAUCGUUGGCCGGUUUUGUAAGAGUAGUAGUCACUAGUCAUUAGAGUGCAAGUGAAAAUGACCGAACUAAACAGUAGCAGGAACUACAGGAACGAACGAAAUGAAGAAAACGACGCGUCCACCGAUCUCGUCGUCGGGAACACGGACGAUGUCAAAGGCCUCGACGCCAACCGCUAUGCGACGAAGAAGACGGUUGCGCAGGGCAUGCUGGACAUCGCCCUGCUCACAUCGAACGCAUCUCAGCUGAAGUAUGUCCUGCAAGUCGGCCAGAAGCACGAGUUCUACUACAUGCUGCUCGUGCUUAUAUCGCUGUCGAUCAUACUACAGGUGGCGAUGGGCAUAGUGCUCCUCUCCCUCAACCUGCUGCGCGACUGCCGCUUCCACCAGCCCCGCCACCGCACCUCCGCCCUCAACAUCAACUACGGCACCACCGCCGUCGCGUUUCUGGUCGUGGGUCUUCUGUUCGUGGUGAUCGGCGGGCUAGACCUGAACGACCACGCCGACCAGCCCUCCGCGAUUAUACUAAAUGACGUCAUAGUUAUAUUCAUCUUCGUAAUUUCCGUCACCAACAUCGUCAUUUCCGCUUUCGGGAUAGAAUACUCCAACAGCCCGCUAGCGAGCGCAGGCGCCAUGGCCUUAGUAAUCUCGAGCUUGGACGGCGCGCACGGCGGCAGAAAGAUCGCGGACCGCCUCUACCAUGCGUCCAUAGGGCUCAUGACGGUCGUAGUGUUCUGUGACGUUAUACGAAUGACGUUUGGCCUUGACCCUGCGCUCUCCGAGGAGGAUCUCUAUAGGAAAUAG